UAAAAACUUCUGUACCAAUCGAGUUAAUCUUGCACGCAAAUCGAGAUGGCACCUCGCGGACCAAAUGAUCCUUUGCCUCCAGCAAAUGGUUUGAAGAAGGCAAGGUAUAACUCAAGUCAGUCAUCUCAGAUGCUAUCAAAUUGGGACAAAAUCGAGGAGGACUGGUGUAAUAAAAAAUGCAACAGACUUAGCCAAGCAUUGAUCCAAACGGAAGCUCCUACGCCGUCAACUAGCGACCUCAAUAAUUUGGAUCUAUUGGAUCAAGGCAACGAAUUUAACUUUGGAUAUCAAGAUUAUGUCAACAAUGAUGAAGAUGAUGAACCUCCUUCUGAACCUACUUCCGAGAUUUCGGACUCCGAUACCAAAUCGGUCGAGUCUCAGCAGUCAAUUGCGUCUACAGGAGGGGUUGUAGUCACGGCCACAUUUGGUGAUACAAACCAAAAGUGUCGAAUACGAGAGGAGCGACAGUGGCAGGAGGUUAUUGAACCUAUGUUCAAAGUCUUCAUGCUGUGCAAAAAAGUCACUUUGAAUUGGAGUCGGGUGGAUUGGAAUUUGGACAGAAAACCUCCUUGUCGAUGUUCCGUGGCAAAGAAACGGAUUCGACACCUGGCUAUGAUUGAUAUCUUGACGCACACAGUUCAACCGGUGGAGUUUUGCUCGUGCCAACCAGACCAGGUUCGGCUAAUCCUGAUGGGUUAUGUUGG